CCCGAGGACGCGGCCAUGGGCGACGCGCCCCCGCCGGCCCCCGCGCUGCUCGCCGAUGCGGGAGGAGGGGAGGGGUCGGGCUCGGGCUCGGACCCCAACCCGGACCCCGUGUCGGUGGAGCUCUCCAUGGGCGGGGACUACUACCACGCCUGCUGCGGCGGCCCCGACCCCGACCCCAAGCCCGAGGGGCCCCAGGUGCCGUACGUCGGGAACAAGGAACCGCUCUCCGCCUUGGCAGCAGAGUUCCAGUCUGGCAGCCCCAUUUUACAGGAGAAAAUAAAGUUGCUUGGUGAACAAUAUGAUGCUUUAAGACGGACACGAGGAGACGGGAACUGCUUUUAUCGAAGCUUUAUGUUCUCAUACCUGGAACAUAUCCUGGAGACACAAGAUAGAGCUGAGGUUGAGCGCAUCCAAAAAAACAUUGAGCAGUGCAAUAAGACACUACAAGGUCUUGGAUACAUUGAGUUUACUUAUGAGGACUUCUUCGCUAUAUUCAUUGAGCAGCUGCAAAAUGUUCUGCAGGGACACGAUUUUUCUAUGGGGCCUGAAGAACUUCUUGAAAAAUCCAGGGAGCAAACGAUUUCCGAUUAUGUUGUCAUGUUCUUUAGGUUUGUUACCUCUGGUGAAAUUCAAAGGAGGGCUGAGUUCUUUGAACCAUUUAUCUCAGGCUUGACAAAUUCGACAGUGGCUCAGUUCUGCAAGGCUUCUGUGGAGCCAAUGGGCGAGGAAAGUGAUCAUGUGCACAUUAUUGCUCUGUCAGAUGCAUUAGGGGUGCCAAUCCGUGUGAUGUACCUAGACAGAAGCUCUUGUGAUCCUGCCAACCUAAGCGUGAACCACCACGAUUUCGUCCCUGCUGCCAAUUCCUCUGAGGGUGAUGACGCAAUGACAUCAGCUCCUGCUGAUGAGAAACCUUACAUUACUCUCCUGUACCGGCCUGGUCACUACGAUAUCCUCUACCCAAAAUGAUCACUGUCUGAUGGAACAAGGUUGGUUUCUGUCAUGAAUUCGGGCUGAGAAAGUGCUGUCCAGAACUGUGUAGUCAUGUUGAUCGUGCAUGCUGCCGAAGGCGGCCUUAUAAGAGGGAUCCUGUGUGUUCUUAGGAAGCUUUCGGGAACAUGUUUUUACUUGCCACUGCCCUCUUAUCUCAAAUUUGUAGUUCUCAUUGCUGCAAGUGUACUCUGGUACAACGACCUAACAUUGCGAUUCAACUUUUGAGAAUAUCAUGUGGACAUCGUGACUAA